UGAGACAUAUUGACGUCACGUUGAGAUGGCAAUGAUGUGUAUGCAGUAAUGGGGUGUCUCCCACUCAGAUUGGGGAAACUAUAAGAAUGAAGAACACAACGAUGAGAGGGUUUGCUGAGAAGAGGCAUAAAAUAUCUGUCCUGAACCACUAUAAGCGGAUGGUCGACCAGAGUGAUAAGCCGGGAAAAUCGGCCUCCAUUUUUGAACACAAGUCCAAGUCCCAGUCGGACCGGACUACGGACCUCGUGAACGCGGAUUGUAUCAAUCAUGGUUACCGUCUCGCAGAUAUCCUGGGAGAAGGGGCAUACGCCAAGGUCAAGAAAGCAGAUAUCAUGCCAAGUAAAUUGGCCAGGAACCAAACCAUGGCAGACAUUGCUGGCGAUUCAGGCCAAAUGGAGGUGGCGAUAAAGAUUAUUGACAAGAAACAGGUGCCGAAAGACUUCCUGAUGAAGUUUCUGCCUCGCGAGCUGGCUAACCACCUUAAGAUCCCGUCCCAUCCAAACAUCGUGCGAUUGUAUGAGCAGUUUUCCUCCCAGAACCACGUGUACAUGGUAAUGGAGUAUUGCUCUAACGGAGACCUUCUAGACCUGAUCAACAAGCACAUCGGGCAGAACCAGAAAGGAAUAGGAGAAGAAACCACUCGUAAAAUCUUCUUGCAGAUCUGUAGCGCCGUACAGCACCUCCACAAACAUCUUUUAGUUCACAGAGAUUUGAAAUGUGAAAACAUUUUACUGGACGAGAAUAUGAACUGCAAAUUAACUGAUUUUGGAUUUUCCUGUAAAGUCGCAACUACUGACACCCAUUUGAAGACUUCAUGUGGUUCAUACGCAUAUACUGCACCGGAAGUGAUCCGUGCGAAACCGUAUGAUGGCUUCCGGUCUGACAUAUGGAGUCUUGGGAUCAUCUUGUUCGCCAUGGUAAACGGUCGUCUGCCAUUCAAUGACAACCAGUUGAUGGAGAUGGAGGAAGAGAUGAAGAUGCAGAGGCUGAAGUUCGAACGGAGCGUGUCUUUCGACUGUAUGGUUCUUAUACGGAAGAUACUUCAGUACCAUCCGUCUGUGAGACCGCCUUUGGAUGAAGUCAUAGAUGACAAGUGGUUGACCGGAAAUAAACCGAUACCGCGCCAGGUUACCAAGCCUAAAUGGACCAACCCGUACAAAUGCCAGGAGAAGGUCACCCCAGAUAUAGACAUUCUACGUGUUGAUCAGACAAGCGCACCACGCCGAUCCAAACCGAUCUGCUUUAAGGCAUCACCAAACAAAGGUCACUCGAAUACGUCAACCCGGACCGUGACCUUGAACCAAGCGGCCGGGGAAACUGUUACAUUGAAAAGUAGAAGAGUACCUAGACCGGGUCCGAAACUGCCCCUCAGGCCAAACACGUGGCCAAAGACGGCCAAGGACCAGAAGGACAGUGGCACAGGCGCGGCGUCCCGUAAACCUAAUUUCCGGUACAUCGCACAGCUAGUAAUGAUGAACAAGGAUAAGUUGGACCCAUCACCCACACCAUGUUCUGGCAAGGAAGGCGUCUGCAAACAAAUGCCACUAUGGUUUAUGUAUAAUAAGCUCUUCCGUGAUCAAUGUAAAGCUGACAGCGCCUCUGGUGGCGAUUCAAAAUGUACCAAGAGUGGCAAACCGAAUUCUGCCGUGAAAGCAUGGGAAACCGCCAAGGUCGACAGUAAUGUUAAACCUAACCCAGACAGCAAAUCCAAAAGUAAUUGCCCAUCACGCUCGGGCAGCGCGGGGAAAAUCACCACACCUAAGGCGCGUGUCGGGUCAACGGGUUCAAAGCCAGAAAAUACCGAAAACAAACGAUGUGGAUUCCCCCAAAGGUCAUAUGCCAAAAAAGUCGUAACAGCCAACACACGGAACGGAACGGUAAAGUUUCCAGUGGAAGGAUCAACGAAGCAGAUGACACCGAAAUCUGCUAACUUCAUUCUUGGUAGAACCAGGGUGACCGUUACAACCGCCAGUCCAGGUAUAUCAAAAUCUGCAGUGACCAGUCAUUCCAAAGCCAAAGAAACAGCGUGCACCCCACGCGCUACAGAGGUUACACCGCACGGUGAAGGUUACAAACCAAAAGUGGAGCCUAAGCUCAAGUUUGAAGAGGAACUAUCGAGCUUAUUAUCACCAAGCGAACUACAACUUCUACCACCACUAAUGGGCCAAAUCGUCAAACACCAUGAGGGCGAAGUCCGACAGUACCAGGGCAACCGCCGAAUGUCUUUCUGUCCUCGUAUGAAGAAACAUAGACAGAGAGUGAUCGUCCAUUCUUGUACCUAGCGGAUGGCUUAAAUAUCAAAAGCAAAAGCUAUCCCCAGCGUAUUCCGUCAUAACAUGAAAUUAUUUCAGUCAAAAGAAGCGAUUCAAAUAAAUUACAUGAUUACAGA